CAGAAAUCGACAACAGAACAGAACAAUACCAGUGACGGCACUCUCAGUUAUCCUUGCCUUACCACCAUCCCACGACUAUCCCCUUGCGCUCGAGCAGGAACUAUCCAAAACGUGAAGAUGAGACCAGCACAAUUCGUCAUAAACGUUUGGAUUUCAUUCCUAUGGUUACAUCGUUCAAUAUUCUCUUCAUCAGAAAACUUUGUGUUGGCCUUCAAAGCAAAAAGGAUUCGCACAAUUUGCACCGCGACGAAUGAUUGUCUUACUUCACCAACGUUUUCACAAGUACUCUCAGUUCGAGGCGGUGAUAUUGUUUAUCUGGAAUCAAUAGAAGACACCGAGAAGGUAGUUGCUGAUAAUGUCGACGAUGAUAAUCAACUGGUCGUUAUUUACUUCUCCUCUACAAAUUGCCCCCCAUGCAAGAGGGUGGCGCCGUUAUUUGCAGAAUUAAGUGAAGAAUUCCAAGACAGCAAUAUUGUGUUCUGUAAGGUCAAUGUCGAUGAAAAUCCCGGCACAGCAGAAAAAUAUCAGGUCACGGGAUGGCCGACCUUUUUGUUCCUAAAAAAAGGCGAGAAGAUUAUGGAAAUCGUCGGAGGAAAAAUCGCCGAGGCAACUUUGUACGAUUGGGUGAAGUUAAUGGCGCCAAAAGAAGACGGAGAAGAAGAAGUAAACAGUGGCAAGGAAAGCACUAAAAAUAUUGACAGCUAGGAACGCUUUUUCAUAUUUGAAACGCUCAACCACCUACAGAAGAGUCCUUGUUGACGUAUGUGAAUACGAAAUAGUACUUGAUUUUUCCCCCAGGCAAAAACGAUUAUGUCAACGAGUGAAUAGGCAAGUCGCAAUCAUUGAAUGCAGAUGUAGAGUAGAAAUCGACUAUCCAACAGAAACAGAUAUGAUGAGAUAGCUACUGUGGUAACAUUGAGAAUAAAAUGAGCAACUUCUUGUUCGAUUACCACUACAUAGUACUUCCUUAAAGUAGUUUUUGCAUGUGGAGACUACAUUAAAGUGCAUUCUAUUGA